UACAUCAUUUCAGCCCAACCUAUACAGCUGCUACCACAGAGAUGGAGACUACAGCAUUGCGGGAAUAAACCGAGACUGCACGCCGUGUUCCUUUUUCUCUUCCAAGAGACAUUCAGGUGACUGGACUUUUUUUCCUUUUCAAGAAGGACCAUUAUUCCUGAUGUGUAAUGAUGUGUAGAGGAGGGAGCUCAGUCCUGCAGCUGUCACUGGGUUAAAAACCCCGUCAACCUUGGAGAGAGGGCGGUUCUGUUUUGCUGUUUUGCUGUUUUGCACGGUCACAACUCCUCGGAGCCGGCUGCUCCUGCAGAAGCAGAAAACCGGAUCUCACGUCCAAACCUGGAGACAUUUUUUUUUUGCUGCAUUCAUGAUGAUCUGAGAGCGUGACUAUAUACUGGGCGCUGAGUAGAGGCAUUCCUCCUCUCUCUAUCUCUCUCUCUCUCUUUCUCUUCCUCUCCCCUCUCUCUUCCUUUCUCCCCUUUCUUGUCGCACAGGCUGCCCAGUCAUUUAGCCCUCUUUGUACAGCGCAGUGGAAGCUGAUAGCGAUGGGACUACUUGGUUUCAGCACCACGGAGAGCGCCCGGCUUCUGCUGCUCGGAGUGCUGUCGCUGUCCGUGGUGCUGGCGGAGAAUGAAGGAGAGAACCUGUCCGGUCUCUCCACCAACCCAGACAAAGCCAUCUUCGCGGUCCGGGAGAACGGCACGACAUGCUUGAUGGUGGAGUUCGCCGUCAGAUUCCUCGUGCCAUAUGACGUGCUCGCGCUCAAUGGGAUAGACCUGAUCACCGAGGUGGCAUCGUUCACUCUGCCCACUGGAGCAGAAAUCGAGGGGAAAUGUGGGAGCACGGAGUCAGAGAUCCACAUCUCCUGGAAGAACAACGCCUACACACUCCGCAUCUACUUCUCUAAGGACUUCCGUGAGAAGGGCACUGAGGUGUGGAAGGUUAGCAAGGUCCAGUUCGUCUAUGACACCUCGGAGACCUCGCAUUUCAACAACCCGUACAACCCUGGGAAGCACACAGCCAACACCCACAGCCUGUCAGCCCUGGUGACCCCCGCCGGGCAAUCCUAUGUGUGUGCAGCGCAGCAGACUCUCACCCUAAUCUCAAGCGACCACCAGAAGGGCGUCACCGUCUCCAUGUAUGACAUCCAGAUCCAGCCCUUCGACAUCUCCUCUGACUUCAUCUUCAGUGAACCCUACAAGUGCAUCACUGACCAGCGGGAGCGUCUGGAGGAGACCCUCCCCCUCAUUCUGGGCUUCAUUUUGUUCCUCAUAAUCGUCAUCACAAUCACCGUCUACCACUUCCACCUGAAGCUGACGGCGGCCCAGCCCCAGCUGCCCAGAGAUCGCUCCAUGUACAAGAACAUGUAGGCAGCAGCACGGCGGCGGCGUCUCCCUCAGCUCUCUCCAAAGCUAACCUGAUAAAAGACUUGUCUCCUUCAAAGUCCCAGGCCUAAAACCACAGAGGAAAAGUACUGUGCGAUGGACUGAAUCCCUGACAGAGAAAAGUACUGGAGGCCUACUGGAACUUUUGAACAGCUAGAACACAAGUUAAUGGGACAGCUCGGGGCCUAGCAUGGAUGUAGUUGCAGGGUAAACCCACCAAAACCUAAUUCACCCGACUGCUGAAUUGAAUCUUAACGCCAUAAAUUCAUAGUCUGUAUUACUGUUAUUAGAAUUUUAAUGAAAAUAAAAACAGAAAUUUAUGCUUUUAUGAAAAUAUGAUUGACUUUUGUUCAGAUUGGUGGUUGUCAUCUGAAAAACACCAACUUGAGGUUACAGUUUACCUGUUUGUUUCCAUCACUGGGACCUAGUUUAUCAUGUCAGCUAUUUUUAUCCAACUUUGAAAGAAAUUUGCCAGAGCUUCUGCUGUCAUUUUGCCAACUGUUUGCUGUCUUCUCCUCUUUCUCUCUCUGAAAACUGCUGCUAAAUUAUUUCAAUACCUAUUGUUGGUUCUGUAUUUGCUAAUCUUGAUAUUUUUUUUGUUCAAGAAGCCCUUUUAUUUCAUUUUUGAAUGCAGCCAUAGUGUUUCACAGUGGACAAGUCUUGUAGUGUGUGCAGUGCAGUGGCAUUCAGAGUCGCGAUGUUUUUGCUUUUGACUUCGACAAAUCUUUUCUCCACGCCGAUGUAUGGAACAUAUCAAAAAAAAGGAAGAAAAACAUCUGACGAAAAUUCUGUACUAAAUAGUGAGGAAUUUAUCAGAAUGCCAUAUGAGAGUGUUUAUGAAAAGAGAGGUUAUUAAAAUUGAAAAAAAUAAUAUGUGUAUAAUAUUUUCAGAAUCAAAGUCUAUGCAUAAACCUCUGCUGAUGCAAUCUUGUGCAGUAUUCUUCUGUUCAUUGAAAUAAAUUGCUGGAAUCAUCUCUA